AAACUGUCCCUCCUCGAACAAAGCCCCUGUCUCCGCUUCGUUUUCGACUUUCGGUUCUUGGCUCGCUUCACAUCCAUCGUCUUCGCUUCAGAGCUCUCUUCUCUCUCUCUCUCUCUCUUUCUGGUUCUGUCUCCCGCGCUCGGUGGCGUCCACGUCUUCUACUUACGUCGAUCGGCGGCCGCCUUCCCCUCGCCAGCUAUGACUCUGAUGACUCCUCCGCCGUUGGAUCAGCAAGAGGACGACGAGAUGCUGGUCCCCCACACCGACGUCACGGAAGGUCCUCAACCCAUGGAAGUAGCGCCAGCUGAACCAGCAACUACAGCUGAUGCUCAGUCAGUUGAUGAUCCACCAUCAGCAAGGUUUACCUGGACAAUUGACAACUUUUCGAGGCUCAACACCAAGAAGUUCUAUUCCGAUGUUUUUGUUGUUGGAGGUUAUAAAUGGAGAAUACUGAUUUUUCCCAAGGGUAACAAUGUGGAUCAUCUGUCCAUGUACCUAGAUGUUGCAGACUCCGGAACUCUGCCAUAUGGCUGGAGUCGUUAUGCCCAGUUCAGCCUGACUGUUGUAAAUCAAAUUCACCAAAAGGGCUCCGUUCGGAAAGAGACACAACACCAGUUCAAUGCACGUGAGAGUGACUGGGGAUUUACUUCAUUCAUGCCCCUUGGGGAGUUAUAUGACCCUGGCAGAGGUUAUCUUGUUAAUGAUACAUGCAUAGUAGAGGCAGAUGUCGCUGUCCGUAAAAUUAUGGAUUAUUGGUCCCAUGAUUCUAAAAAGGAGACUGGCUAUGUUGGACUUAAGAACCAAGGAGCCACAUGCUACAUGAAUUCUCUUCUUCAGACACUCUACCAUAUUCCUUACUUCAGAAAGGCUGUGUAUCACAUGCCCACGACUGAGAAUGACAUGCCAUCAGGAAGCAUCCCUCUCGCUCUGCAGAGUUUGUUUUAUAAACUUCAGUACAGUGACACAAGUGUAGCAACAAAAGAGCUGACGAAAUCUUUCGGGUGGGACACUUACGAUUCUUUCAUGCAGCAUGAUGUGCAAGAACUUAAUAGGGUCCUUAGUGAAAAGCUUGAAGAUAAAAUGAAGGGAACUGUUGUAGAGGGAACAAUACAACAGUUGUUUGAAGGGCACCAUAUGAAUUAUAUAGAAUGCAUCAAUGUGGAUUACAAGUCCACUAGGAAGGAAUCAUUUUAUGAUCUUCAGCUUGAUGUCAAAGGUUGUCGAGAUGUAUAUGCAUCUUUUGACAAGUACGUUGAAGUGGAGAGUCUUGAAGGUGAUAAUAAAUAUCAUGCCGAACAACAUGGCCUGCAGGAUGCCAAGAAGGGAGUCCUGUUUAUUGACUUUCCUCCUGUUCUCCAACUUCAGUUGAAAAGAUUUGAGUAUGAUUUUAUGCGAGAUACGAUGGUGAAGAUAAAUGAUCGUUAUGAGUUCCCUUUGCAACUUGAUCUUGAUAGAGAAAAUGGAAAAUAUUUAUCGCCAGAUGCGGACCGAAGCGUCCGGAACCUUUAUACUCUGCACAGUGUAUUGGUUCACAGUGGUGGUGUGCAUGGUGGACACUAUUAUGCUUAUAUCAGACCAACGCUUUCUGAUCAAUGGUUUAAGUUUGAUGAUGAGCGGGUAACCAAGGAGGAUAUAAAAAGAGCAUUAGAGGAGCAGUAUGGCGGUGAGGAAGAGUUACCGCAGACAAAUCCUGGCUUCAACAAUUCUCCUUUUAAGUUCACAAAAUAUUCAAAUGCUUAUAUGCUUGUGUAUAUACGCGAAAGUGACAAGGAAAAGAUAAUCUGUAACGUGGAUGAGAAGGACAUUGCAGAACACCUGAGGAUAAGGUUGAAGAAAGAACAAGAAGAAAAGGAGCAAAAGAGAAAGGAAAAAUCCGAGGCCCAUUUGUAUACUAUCAUAAAGGUUGCAAGGAGUGAGGAUCUUCUUGAACAAAUUGGGAAGGAUAUUUAUUUUGAUCUUGUGGAUCAUGACAAAGUUCGCAGUUUUCGCAUCCAGAAGCAGAUGCCCUUUACCCUUUUCAAGGAAGAAGUUGCAAAAGAGUUUGGUGUACCAAUUCAAUUUCAACGUUUCUGGCUGUGGGCAAAGAGACAGAACCAUACAUACCGUCCAAAUCGGCCAUUAACACCCCAAGAAGAAUCACAGUCUGUUGGGCAAUUGAGGGAAGUAUCUAACAAAGCAAAUAAUGCAGAGCUAAAAUUGUUUCUGGAAGUGGAACUUGGACCGGAUCUGCGACCUAUUGCUCCUCUCGAUAGAACAAAGGAGGAUAUUCUGCUGUUCUUUAAACUUUACGACCCACUGAAAGAAGAACUGAGGUACAUUGGGAGGCUGUUUGUAAAGGGAAGUAGUAAGCCCAUGGAGAUCUUGACAAAGCUAAGUGAAAUGGCAGGCUAUGCUCCUGACCAAGAGAUUGAACUUUAUGAGGAAAUAAAGUUUGAACCUCAAGUUAUGUGUGAACCCAUUGACAAGAAGAUAGCAUUUCGCUCUAGCCAGCUAGAAGACGGGGACAUUGUCUGCUUUCAGAAGCCCCCUCUUGGAAGCGGGGAACAGUGCCGCUACCCGGAUGUGCCUUCUUUUCUUGAAUAUGUGCAUAAUCGACAGGUGGUACGUUUUCGAUCAUUGGAGAAACCGAAAGAAGACGAAUUCUCGUUGGAACUGUCAAAGAAUCACACUUAUGAUGAUGUGGUUGAAAGAGUAGCCCAUCAUCUUGGUUUGGAUGACCCUUCCAAAAUAAGGCUUACCUCUCAUAAUUGUUAUUCACAGCAACCUAAACCUCAACCCAUAAAGUACCGAGGAGUAGAUCAUUUGUCUGAUAUGCUGGUCCAUUACAACCAGACAUCCGACAUUCUAUACUAUGAAGUGCUUGAUAUCCCUCUUCCAGAGCUGCAAGGUCUGAAAACUUUGAAAGUUGCCUUUCAUCAUGCAACCAAGGAAGAGGUUGUAAUUCAUACCAUUAGACUGCCAAAGCAGAGUACGGUAGGUGAUGUCAUCAAUGACCUCAAGACAAAGGUUGAAUUGUCUCACCCCAAUGCUGAACUUAGAUUGCUUGAGGUGUUCUACCACAAGAUCUACAAGAUCUUUCCACCCAGUGAGAAAAUCGAAAAUAUCAAUGACCAAUACUGGACGCUCCGUGCAGAGGAGAUUCCCGAAGAGGAGAAACAGAUUGGUCCUCAAGACCGCUUGAUUCAUGUGUACCAUUUCAUGAAGGACACGGCUCAAAACCAGCAAGUUCAAAACUUCGGGGAACCAUUUUUCCUUGUCAUUCGUGAGGGGGAGACUCUAGCUGAAGUAAAAGUUCGCAUACAGCAAAAAUUGCAGGUCCCUGAUGAUGAGUUUUCAAAGUGGAAGUUUGCUUUUCUGUCACUGGGCCGACCGGAGUACCUUCAGGACUCUGAUGUGGUGUCGGGUCGAUUUCAGAGAAGGGACGUAUAUGGUGCUUGGGAGCAGUAUCUGGGACUGGAGCAUGCUGAUAGUGCUCCUAAAAGGUCAUACGCAGCUAAUCAGAACCGUCACACCUUUGAGAAGCCUGUAAAAAUAUAUAAUUAGGAAACCAUGAUGGUGAUGGGGAUGGCCAGGUUGUUUCAUGGUGUAUUGAAGAAUAGGGAAGAAAAGAGGGUAAAAACACUCGGGUGGAAGCCAAAUGAGAGUAAUUUUGGUGGGAAUGAUUCUGGUGGUGGUUAUGGUAGUUGCUGGUUAGAUGUGUAAUUCUUCUUUGGUAGGAGAGCAGAGAGAGAGAGAGAGAUGAGAUGAGAAAGUUGGAUAAAGAGGGGCCUUUAGCACUAGGAAAGAGAUGGUGGCUGGCUUACUGGCUCUGGUAUUUUUGGAGGUCGCUCUUGCACCCUUCUGUUGGGUGAGUUGGAGAAGAGGAUGAAGAAGAAGGAAAGAUAUGAACCGUUGAAGCUGCUCUCUCUUCUUGUUUAGUUUUUACAUAUUGUAUUCUUAGUACAUAAUGAAAGGGGUGUUUGGGUUUUCCCUUUCAGUGUUCUUCGACUACUUCCAUUUUGUUUUUGGCUUCAUUUUGGGGAAUGUAUAGAGGAGGGUAUAGGUAUGACAUUUUUCUUCUACUUGUCCAUUUGGGAUGUUCUGCUCUGCUCUCUUCUCCACUUUCCUUUCUUCCUUUCCCCAUCUUUAAUAUUUCUUUGUCGUUGGAUGAUUUUAUCUUCACGAAUGAAUGAUAUACAAGGAGAGAGGCCUACAGGCGGGUUUUCACUUUCUUUUCUCAGUAGUAAAAGACAUUUUAGGGUAAGGAUCGGACCAACAAUGCAAUACACUUUGUUACGGUUUAAAUGUCAA